CUUCUGAGCAACUUAUAAUGACAAGGACGGCUAAACAGCGAGCUACCCGCCGCUUGAAAAGACAGCAAAUGCCUACCUUUCCAUUCACCAAUUUUCCAGCUGAGCUGCAACUCAUGGUACUAUGUAAGUGCGACCCCCAGACAGCCAAAAGACUGCUGGUGGCAAGUUCCUACGUCCAGGAUUUGUAUGUUCGAUAUUCAGAGACUGCUCUUCCAGCCAUCUUUGCGCAAGUUCCUGCACCUGUCAGCGCGCUCUUCCAGGUAUCAUGGGGCUUGCAAAACGAUGGCUUUAAUUGGGGCUUGAUUACAGAUCUGCUGGAAGUGAGUGACAUCUUUGAAUGGCACUGUAAGUUACCGGCCUUUCGACCUUUGACUAGUGACCCCCUGGAGGCCCUCCAAGUUCUGUUAGAUUUCUAUAUGGAAGUCGAUGACGCUGCUGAUCUCUUUGGCCAAUGCAUGGUCUUUGGAGUGGAGAAAUUCCUUGAUCCUACCGUGCAAUCUUCGCCGGUCAUACUCUCCAGUACUGAGCGUACUCGAAUCGCUUGCGCUUUAUGGGUACUCAAGAUCUUCCUCCAGGUACAGACCAGUCCCCACAAGCCUCCUGGAUUGGAUCCCAGACACUCCGCCCACGCAUUCUUCGAGAACCUACAGCCUUGGCAAAUAGAUCAUAUUCUUUCGCUCGAGAGUAAGCUUCAAGUUGGUGAGUACCCGCUCAAUACCUUGCUCUUCUAUGCCGGCCCAACGGAUGUAUAUUUCUCAGAGCGUUUGAUCGGAUCUCAGUAUGUCACCAAUGUUUUCAAUCGCUGUACGAGACCAGGCGGUCCGUGUUUGUUUCGUGUUUAUUGUUUGCAUACUGCACGUCGUUCUCAGUACCGGAGGUGUGGUGACGGCUACUAUCCAGGACCGUCUUCAAUGGCGACACAACUACGGAACCACACUUGGAACUCCAAAGAACUGGCUCAGCAUACCUUCUCGGCAUUUCGCUCCGAUAGAUAUCGAAAUCGCUGUCAGCAGCUGGGGCUAUCCUUCUGGGACUACGAGCGUUUGGCCCAAUGGCAGAUAGCUGAUGCAGCCGAGCUGAUGGUUGCAUCCGAUGAUGCCGACCUGCGAAGCUUGUCCUUUGGGCCGAUGUGUGACGGCCGAGAGCACUUAACGCCGCCGGCUGCUAUUGCGCGGACAAUGGAGCGACAGAUCAUCGAAUGGACGCGUUACUCUGAAUACGACACCCUUGAGGACUACCUGUACCAGAAGACCCUCAAUUCUCAACCCGAGCAAGGUGAGGAGCGCUUUCUACGAAGGUUCAUCACUCCUGGCGCAGUAUGUAAUAUUUGCGGUCUAGAUGGUCAUUGGUGGUACAACUGCUAUCUCCAGCAGUGGCGUUUCAAUUGGGGCUAAGGUGGCUUCAAUCGUCGCUCCAAAUUCCGAAUAGAUGUCUCCUUCGUCGAAAACUCGAGGUCGUUGGUAAGUCAGGGAGUUGUCAAGGUAGGUGGUGAGUAUUAGAUGCGAGCAUUUCUUGCAUUGGAAGCCAGCAAGUGUGAUUCGCGCGAAACAAAAUUGUAAUGUGAUGACACUUCUUAACCGAGUUCUUCUGCAUUGGCAACGGUA